CAUGCGUGUCACCGUCACCUUUUCGAAUCAUUCUCUGCUGAAACAACUAUCUUAUCGUUUAAACCCAACCCUCUCUUUGGCGUCGGAGACUUGGCCAGCGGCGGCAUCCGUUGACGAUGGAUCCCAAUACUCCGACGUGCCGAAGCCUUGCCGGAGAAAAUCGGAGAGGAAGGCUUAUGUGACGCCGAUGAAGGUUCUGAUUGAGAGAGCGAAGGCGGAGAGACAAGCGCGAAAGGCGCAGCCAUGUCGCGUUCUGGAAGAACCCCCGGCGAACGGAUUGCUGGUUCCGGAACUGGUGGAGAUUGCUCAUCGCGUCUAUCAAGCUCGUAGGUCUCUCCUCUCCGGUCUGAGUCAACUCGUCCGAGUCAUUCCCGUAUUGCGGUGCGGGCUUUGUGAUGAGGUUCACAUUGGUUAUGUGGGUCAUGAAAUUCGAUCAUGUAGUGGACCGAAGAGUUUUUCACGGAAUGCAAUGCAUAUUUGGAGGAGGGGAAGGGUUCGAGAUGUGAUUUUCUUCCCUAAAUGUUUUCAUCUGUAUGACCGUGUUGGUAAACCAAGAGUUGGGCAUGAUGAAAGAUUCUGUGUUCCUCGUAUACCUGCCAUUGUUGAACUCUGUAUACAAGCAGGUCUAGACCUUGAAAAGUACCCCACUAAAAGGAGAACAAAACCCGUGUAUUGUAUUGAAGGAAGAAUUGUAGAUUUUGAAGCUGUUGCGGAAGAGGACAAAAAUGACAGAAAAUGUUCUUUUGAAAAUGAGCAGCAGUCUGUGAAUCCAUCCUUUGUGUUGACCCAGCCUGUAGAGAAGGUCCAAAAUUUAUUCAAUGACAACAUAAGCCAUUUGGAUCAGUUGAGUGAUGAAGAAAGGAACAAGUUAAGGGACUUAAGUAAACAUACACUGGACUCAUGGUUUGAGAUGACAUUAGGUGCAAAGAAGAUCAUGGAGAAGUAUGUUGUGAAUACUUGCGGCUAUUGUCCAGAGGUCCAGGUUGGUCCCAAAGGACAUAAGUUAAGAAUGUGCAAGGCUUCAAAGCAUCAGUCUCGAAACGGUUUACAUGCAUGGCAAGAGGCAACAAUAGAUGAUGUUGUGAGUCCAAAUUUUGUGUGGCAUGUUGAGGACCUGAAUGGGUCUGCUUUGAAUAACAAUCUAAAGAGAUAUUAUGGCAAGGCUCCUGCUGUGGUGGAACUCUGUGUUCAUGCUGGGGCUCCCAUUCCUGAUCAAUAUAGGAGCAUGAUGAGAUUAGAUGUGGUUUCCCCUGACCGUGAUGAAGUUGAUCUUGUCGCCUGAAAUGUCAUCCCUUUGCAAGAUACACCGUAUAUAUUCAAUCAACAUAUGGAGUUCAUACAGUCUUGGACUUUUGAGUUUAAUCAAAACUUGUGUCCUUUUGAUAGCAGGCCCCUAACAAAAUGGGUCUAUGUUUUGAAAAGGAGAAAUGGGCCAGCUAACAAUGAAGCCCAAAUGAAUUGAAAAGCUGGUUAUAAGUUAUAAUACUUUUGAUAAAAGACUUUUCGAGAUUUUCAAUUCAUUCGGCCUCGUCAUUAGCUGACCCAUUUUUCCUUCUCCUAAAGACUUAACUUAUCACGGUAUUUUAGACUCCACUUAGGUUUCUACCCAGCGGAACUCCUUCAGAAUUUCAUCUGCUUUAUAGUAUAUUUGAAGUUAUUUUAAUUAAUUAUUUCGUCUUUUGGCUUGUAUUAAAUAAAUAUUUUUUCUCCUAUUCUCUUGUUCCCCUUUUAUUACGAAGAAAUGGAGAGAAUACACAUU